ACAAGCAAAGUCAUAGGUGGUGAGAAACUAAAAAGAUGAACAUGUACUUGCGAAGGAAAGGAAUGGGGUAGUAGUGCAAACCAGGGUAGGCAAGGACAGUUACAAAGAAAAGGCAAACCACAGCUGAAGUUGCUUGAACAGCUCUUCAAGUUUUCCUAUCAAAGACAAACUGGAUUUACACCCUAAGUGUGGUUCCUCACCACAUUUUGUGUGUAAAUAGAAAACUCCUUUCUCUCUCUCAGAACAGUCCUCCCCUUCUCUGGUAUAGGUUACUCCUGUACCUGUUAAGGAGAUUCCUGUUAUAAGACAGAGACUGUGGUAGUUCUUACUGCUGAAUAGGAAAGGAGGAAGAACAAAGAAGCAUAUUGAAGCCUCUGAUAUUUCCAGUGGCAGUGCACACAUAAAUAUGGUAGCUCCAUAUGAAAUUGGUGACCCAGUACGAUCAUUUGUACGAGUUCCAGGAAGUGGAUCUGAUAAAACAGCAAAGUCAUUAUGCUGUGAUCUUGCUAGGGUAUCAUCAGUCGCUGCAACAGUCCCAGUACGGCCAGUAACUCCAGCUUCCACACGGCUGAGGUCAGCAGCAGUAGAAAAUAAGGAACAGACUGCAGUGGUGAAAAAGGAAGGUGUGCAGAUUAAAGAAGAAAAGAAUGAAGCAGCAGUUGUAGAUUCACAGCAUUCAGCUGCUGAGCAGAGAAGGGAAGUGAAAUGCAAGAAACGCCAUGCAGAAGACUCAGAAAUGAUGGUACAUGCCAAAAGAGGCCGUGUGUCAGGUGAAGAGACGUCUGAAGUGACACCUAGUUCCUCUAAAGGCUCAAACCCUGGUACUGAAGGAGAAAAGUCUGCAGUUCAUGAAAAACUGGAGAUUUUGGAAAAGGAGUGUAUUGAACUAAAACAGCAGAAUCGUCAGCUGCAGCAGAGAUUGUCAUUAUUCUGCAAACUUUUCAAGGAUCCAAAGAAGCUUGCAUUUGCAUUAAAGCGAAUGGAAGUUCAAGCCAACUAAAUGUUUUUGUCAUUGUAGUUACUCAUCUGCCAAGAGAAUCUGAAUAGGAAGAUAUAACCCAUUGCAGUUUUAUGAAUACACUCUUAUGUAUAUUCAACCUCAUUGUGGCAAGGAGCCAGUUUCAUGAAUACACUUUAUGUAUAUUCAACCUCAUUGUGGCAAAGAGCCAGUUUUAUGAAUACACUCUAUGUAUAUUCAACCUCAUUGUGGCAAGGAGCCAGUUUCAUGAAUGCACUUUAUGUAUAUUCAACCUCAU